GGUGGCGCAGGAGAAGGAGAAUGGUCGAAAGCUUUAACUGUAACCAAUGAGAUAAAAACUUGGCACUUCUACUUUAACUACCAGCUUCCAGAACAAUAGAUGCGUUAAGGUUAAUGAGUUUGUAGCUGUGUAACGCUAAGUAAGUUCUAUAAACGAAAUAUUACCAUAAUAAACACAGUUUAAAAGGACGAAUAUCGUAUCGACGUUCAAUCUAUGUGAUGGCGUCAUCUAGCAAUUCCGGAGGAGCGAGUUCGUCGAGAAGUCGACUGAGUGGGUCAUCGUCAUCGAACUCGGAGCGUGAGAAAGAAACCAAGGAGACAAAGUCUACUCCUAAGAUGUCGAAAGCGCUGAAUACCAGUAUGAAGCGAAUUCAGAAAGAAUUAGCGGAAAUAACUUUGGAUCCGCCACCCAACUGUAGUGCAGGGCCUAAAGGUGAUAAUUUAUAUGAGUGGGUGUCUACUAUUCUAGGCCCUCCAGGCUCAGCUUAUGAAGGAGGUGUAUUUUUCCUUGACAUCCAUUUCUCUCCAGAAUAUCCGUUUAAACCUCCCAAGGUAACAUUUCGCACCAGAAUUUAUCAUUGCAAUAUCAAUAGCCAAGGCGUCAUAUGUUUGGACAUUUUAAAAGACAAUUGGAGUCCUGCGCUCACCAUUUCGAAAGUACUCUUAUCUAUUUGCUCGUUGCUUACCGAUAGUAACCCAGCUGAUCCUCUGGUAGGUAGUAUUGCUACCCAGUAUGUUCAGCAUAGAGAGGAGCAUGAUCGCAUCGCCCGACUCUGGACCAAGCGUUAUGCAACAUAAAUUUAUUUGGAAACUGUUCAUUUGCGUUUUUAAACUUCCAAGACAUCAAGUUUGAAUUCUUUUGUCUGUUGGUAAGAAUGUUGUAGAUCUUUAACCUAAUAUCAUACUGAAAUUUGUUAUUCAUGUUUGAGUAAAUGCUUUAAAAUUAUUUUUCCAAAGGAUUAGAUUUUGUUAAUGCAGUGUAUAAAAGAUAUUGUACAUUGCUUCAUUUAUGUUAAAUUAAUAAGAGUUAUAAUUGAAUCGAAAAUUCUGACUUAGUUUUGUAGAACAAAAUCUAUAUUAAAGCAUUGAUCAACAUAUAACUGUUAUUAAAUAUUAUGUUAAUAAUGCUUUUUAAGUGGAUUGAUAGUUCAUUGUCAGGUUUUUAAAAUUGGAGUAAGCUGUUUAUUGAAAAUCUUCCUAUUAAGUAUGGAAAAUACUUAUUUAAAAUGUGUAGUUAACACGCUUAAUAUGUGAAACUUAUACCUUAAGUGUGCAAAGUAUUUGUUUAAAAUGUGUAGCUAAUACGCUUCAUGUGUGAAACUUAUAUCUAAACUCCAUUCAACAUUUAUUUAUGUGAACUAUCUAAAAAUUAUUGUAAAAUGUAUUCAUACUUUAUAGAUGGAAUGUUUUAAAGUGUCUUCAAAGUUGGCAUUUCUGCUUUAUGUAAAGUUAUUAUUAUGUUGUAUUUUUUACAAGUGAACAUAUAUCAAGCAAUAAAAUUCAUAAAAUUUUAUUUGCAGAACAUAUUUAUGUAUCCGUUCGUUAGUAUUAAUUUUAAAUGAGUACUACAGGUUUUGAAUUCUUGCACUAAAUUUUGUGUUAAAAUUCCUAUUUACAUUUUUAUGAAUGAAAAUGAUAUGGAAGUCAUUAAGUUUGAAUUUUAGUUGAUGUAACUAUUCAGAAAUUUAUAUUGAUGCAUAUGCAUUCCAUUUCACUGGUAAAAUAAUUGCAAAGUUUUAAAUGUAGAAUUCUUGUGUGUACGAAUAAUGGCUAAUGAAAUGCUUGAUAUAUUUGUAGAUUUUUGGGAAACCAAAAAUGCUGAUUGGUAUGUUUGCUGCUUAUAUGAUUCCUGUUAUCUAUUUUGUGUGGUGCCUCUUUGUAUCAUUUAAUAUAGUGUAUUUCGUGCAUGAAGUAGUAAUGCCUAGUAACUAUACUUCUGUUCUAGCAUAAUUGAAUUUCCAACAUUUAGUGUUUUCGCAAGUAAACAUUUUGAAGGCAUCUUUUAGUGUGUGUUUUUGCUCUUAGCAUUUAAAACAUAUUUUCAUUCCAUGUAUGAAUAUUAUUUUCAAUAUUUGUACUUCAAGUCUAUUAUUUAAAAAUAUGAAAUACUCUUCUGUAUUUCAUUGUUUACCUAAGAUUGGUUAUGUCUGUAAAAUCACUAUCCCGUUAUAAAACCAUUUUUUUUCCUUUUUUUCAAAUUGGUAUUUUAAUUUAAUGAAGUGAGUAUCAUUUUAUGCUUAUUUAUUAGUCUAGAAUUUGACAUCAUUUGUUUAAAAAGUAUCAUUAUUUGUGUACUUGGGAUGUCAGUAUUUUAUUGAUAUGUGCACUUAUGUAGUUUGAAAAUAAAGUAAUUGUUGUAGUGUA